AUGUCGCCUACGCUGAAAACUAAAGGAAAGGAAUCCGGGACUGCGCGUGUAUUAGGCUCUGGUGCUUCCGGCGUUGCCGAGCUGCUCGUGUUCCACCCCGUGGAUACGAUUGCGAAGCGACUGAUGAGUAACAAGGCAAAGGUUUCAUUAAGUGCCCUUGGCCCAAUAAUCUUCCGCGAACAUGCGAACGCGCCCAUCUUUAAACGUGCUUUGUCUCUGUUCCCGGGGCUAGGAUAUGCAGCAGGCUACAAGGUGUCCCAACGGAUAUACAAGUUCGGCGGGCAACCGUGGUUCAACGACUUACUCGUCACGAACUACAAAACUCAGUUCACAAACGCCUUUGGCGAAAAGAAGGGAAAACUGAUGAUGCAGGCCACAGCAGGAAGCCUGACUGGAAUCGGUGAAGUCCUUCUUCUGCCUCUGGACGUGCUCAAGAUCAAGCGCCAAGUGAACCCAGAAGCCUUUAGAGGAAGAGGACUCCUCAGGAUUGUUACCGAGGAGGGGACAUCGCUGUACCGAGGGUGGGGCUGGACGAUGGCCCGAAACGCCCCCGGGAGUUUUGCGCUAUUCGGGGCGUCGGCAUUUACGAAAGAAGUUGUCCUUGGCAUAGAGGAUUACUCGAAGGCAACAUGGGUCCAAAAUUUCGUUGCAUCCGUGGCAGGUGCUGUUGCAUCCAUCACCAUCGCUGCUCCACUCGACGUUAUCAAGACCCGUAUUCAAAACGCUAACUUUGAGAGUAAAGUUAGCGGCGUAACGGUUCUUAAGGAAUUGUUGAAGAACGAGGGGCCCUCGGCAUUAUUCAAAGGAUUAACACCCAAGAUAUUGGUUGUUGGGCCAAAACUCGUUUUUAGUUAUACACUGGCACAGACCCUCAUACCAAUGUUUGGGAAAUAUGUCUAG